AUGCACGCUCUACACGAGACGCUGCCUGUCUGCCACAUGCCGACCGCCGCACGAGUUGUACGGCGGAUUCGCCCUUUCGCAUCGGUUCAGCGCACGGACCCACCUUCCACGAGACUCGAGGGCAGCCAUCAGCUUUCACGACUCCAGCUUCAACCCUCUUCGCUCUCCACAACAUCAACGCCGAUAUCACCAUCGCUGGCGUUGAAAGCCCAUAGCACAAUGGAGUGCCAGCUCGCAGGCACCUCCGACCAGCUUAACAAGCGUUCCCGCAGCUCCAAGUCACCAGUCGUGGCAGAUUUGCUCUGCCUGCACUGCAACGCUAUUGGCCAUGCAUGGUCACAGUGCGAGGCCUUGUGCUUGCAGUGUUGGGAUCGUCAUCCACGUCAGCGCUGUGCCAACCUAUCCGUCGACAACUACACACCUGGCGCGUUCACGCUGUUCAACGCGUCGGACACUGUUGACACGGGAGAGCCCGAGCCGCUCUCCAACCAGGAGCCGAUGUGUGGUAUACCGAUCCCCAACCUCGACGCAGGCCUCAUGGAAGGUGUGAGUGCUGAACGCCAAGCCAUGAUUGCUGCCACGCCAGAGCCACUGCCAGAGCCGCGGGAGGCACUGUCGGUAGAAGAUGGCGGCCGUCUGCGCACAGGGAUGAACGCAAUGCCACUAGGCGGUUUCACUCCACAUCUUACUCGGCUCAAUCUUGCUCCUCAACAACACAGCAGCAAGAAGGCCCAUCUCAAGAAGCUCGAUACCAAGAAGCCCGCUCAGCCAAAGGUCAAGCACUCAAAGUACUUGAAACGCUGGCAAGGACUCGAGUUGCAGGUGCGCAGUGUGGUGCAGGGCGCUGAGAAUCCGGAUCUCGCUACCAACAAUGGUCGAGAUCGCGCGGAGGUCUGGGAAGCUGUUGAUAAGGCGCUCGAGGUCUUGCGCCCGGCCAUACUGCGCUGA